CUACGGAUCUGAAUCUUAAUAUGGUUGUCGGCUUUGUUUUCAUUCAUUUUGAUUUUCAGGCUUGCUUGAACUUGGAGAAAAUGUAGCAGUUUACGUGAAAUACAUGCUUAAGUAACUCAUUAACAUGGACAAGAAAAAGCUGAAAAGGAGCAAACAAGAAUCAGAACCAACAAAUUCUGUCAAUAACACUCCAAAAGAGAGUAAUGAAAUGUGUGAUAUCCUAGAUGAUCGUAGCAGUCCCGAUUUUCUGAGUUCACAAGAAUGUUUUUCUGUGGGUUGGGACUGGUCAAGCCACAUAAGUGGUAACAAGAAGCCCACAAUUCGCUUUGUUGAACGACCUGCCCCCAAAAAAUCUAAAGGAGUUCAACUCUUAGAAUGUAGUCGACCAAGACGUCUGAUACGGAACCGAAAGGCUGACAAUUUUGAUGACUCUGUAUUUGUCAAGGAAUUAAAAUCCCUAGCAGCGGGAUGUAAAGGUAUACCAGAAACCACAUCACCUGUAGCAUCGCCUCCAUCCUUUCGAAGAAAAAUGGAAGUGCUGGUCACACCUACAUCUUUUAGAGAAUCCAUGCGAAGGACUACAUGUUCGAAGAGUGUAGAGUCUUCAGCCAGUGCGACAACAACACCAAGUUCUUCUAAGGAUAACUCUGAAGAAGAAGUAAAGGACAGCCUUGAUGAUCUUCUAGAUGAUUCAUUGGGUGCAGACCUGCUCAAAUUUACCCAAGACAUAGAGCAGAGCUUAAAACAAAAUGACUUUAAGACUCCAAAACCUCAGGAUAAAGGAUUUAAUCUCUCUAGUGGGAAAAGAAGAAAUCGACUCAGUCUUAGCUCUAAAAAGUCGACUACUCCGUUGCCCAAAAGUGUGUGUCGUAGAAUUAAUGAUUUGUAUGAAGAGAAUCUCACAUCAGUUGCUCCUAGACAUGAGCCACAAGCCAUAAAUAAUAACAAUAAAGUUUCAUCCAAGAUAGAGUUUGAUGACAUAGAUGAGGCUGUGAUGUUAUCCAUUGGGAAACUUGAAGAGAAAGAAGUUGCUAAAUCUGCAGAUAAAGUUUCUAAAGAAAAUGCUAGGACCUUUACUGAAGUGGCAGAUGACAAAGGAGAGGACGACGACUUUGUGUCACCAGAUUUAUUGGAUUUGAUUGAUGUUUGGGAAAAAGAGGCAACUCAAGAGCGUGAGAGAACGAUCCGAGAAUUAAAGGAGACUAAGUCACAUUCUGCAAAAGAACAACCUCUUGUGAACAAAUUUUCAAACAAGAUGUUUCCCAAAAAACAAGAGAAAGCAAUUGGUGCAAGCAAUCAACAGGUACCAAAAAAGACACUUUCUCUUUGUAAGACAAGCACCAUCUGUACUCCAGAAGAGAUUGAGAGGAAGCGACAAGAUGCUAAAAAACGACUUCAAUUAAAGAAAAAAUGCUAAUGAUGGUAUUGUUAUAGUCUAUGAAAUCAAAAUACCAGUAUUUCUGUUUUGUGUUAAAAAUGCAGGGGACGUGGACAUUAUGCCUGAAUCAAUAUUUUUUUUUUAUUUUUAUGUGGUCUUUAAUGCCCACUAAAUCUGAAUUUUUAUUCCCAAUGAUUUUAGAUUUGGAAAAGGUGUAAUUGUGAUCUAUUUUAUGCAUUUACUUGGUUCUGAAAGCUUGUGACCAUACUCCAUUAUGUUCGUUCAGGAAUCUAUGUUCAUGCAUGAAUCUCAAUCAAUUAUGAUACUUUGUUUGAAUAAUUACAAUAGAAUUUUGUGUCAAGGUGAUGCUGUGGCUCAAAGACAAAUUUAACAUUGACAGCCUUUUUUCGUUCCCUCGUUAGUCAUCCUGAGACAAUACCUUCUUUUAUUUUGUAUGUUAGUUUUAUUUCCUUUUAGUUUAAGUUGAUGUGUCCUAUUAUCAAUGCUUCUCAGUUCAAUUGUAGUCCUAUUAAUGAUUGGUUUUGCUAAUAUGACACAUUAAGAAAUACAAAAUUUAUUAAACAAUUA